CGCGGCCUGCAGCCCUCGCCCGCGUCCCCGGCCACAGCGGGAUGCGCACGGACCGGCCGGCGACGCCCGGGCCGUCACUGUCCCCGCACCUGGACGCCGGCCCGGUGGCCGCGCCCCAGCCGCGAUCGCUCGCAGCGGCAGCUUGCUCCGAGGCUCCCGCCGCCGGUCGGGCCCUCGCUCUCCAUGGGGCUGAGGGACUGGCUGAGGAUCGUGUGCUGCUGCUGCCCGUGCAAGUGCCUGGAGGAGUCCGGCCUGCCCGAGAAGGAGCCCCUGGUCAGUGACGGCAAUCCAUAUUCCUCAUUCGGAGCAACUCUGGCAAGAGAUGAUGAAAAGAAUUUAUGGAGUAUCCCCCAUGAUGUGUCCCACACGGAAGCAGAUGACGACAGAAUCCUGUACAAUUUGAUAGUCAUUCGUAAUCAGCAGUCCAAAGACUCAGAGGAGUGGCAGAAACUCAACUAUGAUAUCUAUACCUUGCGGCAGAUUCGAAGGGAAGUGAGAAACAGAUGGAAACGCAUUUUAGAAGAUUUAGGGUUCCAAAAGGAAGCAGACUCUUUGUUGGCAGUGACUAAACUCAGCACCAUCAGUGAUUCCAAAAACACAAGGAAAGCUCGAGAGAUGUUGCUAAAACUGGCUGAAGAGACCAAUAUCUUUCCAACAAGUUGGGAGCUCUCAGAGAGAUAUCUCUUUGUUGUGGACCGUCUCAUUGCUCUUGAUGCUGCAGAAGAGUUCUUUAAAAUUGCUAGUCGAACUUACCCCAAGCAACCUGGCAUCCCAUGCCCGGCAGAUGGCCAGAAGGAACUGUGCUACCUUCCAUUUCCAAGUCCCUAAAGGAGAGGCUCUGAGGCAGGAUGGGAAUUCUUCCACCAGGGCUCAACAGCCAACCCAAGUUCAACAAUUGCACGUAGAAGAGAGUGAGCAAAUAGGAGUGCUAAGUGAACAAUGACUCUGAAUCCCACAAAAAUAUAAGAUCUUCAUGAGGACCCUCCUCUCUGAAAUGUUCAGGUUGCAUUGAAACACGCUGGUGAUCCUACAUCUAGAAAGAAAGUUGAAGAGUUGGUCAGUGGGACGGU